UCAUGUUUUAGGAAAAACGAUCAGUCAAAUUCGUUUGGCGGUUGUCGAAAAUCGCAGAGAACUUUAUAUAUGCAUUUAAUGCAUACUUUUGUAAAUCAUAUCAACCUAUGUGCAGUAUUAUAUAUUUGUUAGGAUGGGGUGGGGUUGCGAUAGUUCUAGGGUUUUUAGGGUCUAUAAUCCCGGGUCAUUUUGUUAGGGUUCAACUUAAAGCUGUUGGAUAUUAGAAAUUGUAUGAAUAUAUAAUAUAUUGUAUGUAAAAUGCCAGUGAACACCUAACUGCCUAAAUGGGUGCAUCUACAUGUUGGCACUGAUGAUGGUUGUAAUGUCCCGUACAUUGGAUCCUGUAAUGUAGUCUUUUUUUUUUUAAAUUAGUGAAAGUUUGCCAAGUAUGAAUUUUCUGAAAGUAUUUGAACUAUGCAUCACAGAACCAUUUAGAGUACUUGAAAAGGAUUUGGACAUAGAUGAGUAGCACUCCUUUAAAUUUUAGUACAGUUUGAGGGCUAUAGACCAGCAAUACGUCCUGUGGAGUUUACUGUGUUGGCAAAGGGUUGCGCCAUAGCUUGACUUGUGGAAAUUGCACCUCUUCCUGUUUACUUGUAACAAAAUCACUUCUUGCAUUGAAUUGCAUAUAAGGAGAAUUUGUGGCAGAGAAGGAAACUGCUUGGAAGAAUGGGGUGUGUGUACAUACCAGUGCAAAAUUCUGAUGAAGAAGUGAAAGUAGAACUAGAUCAACUCCCGAGAGAUGCCACUGACAUUCUCGACAUCUUGAAAGCAGAGCAAGCUCCUCUCAAUUUAUGGCUAAUUAUAGCAAGGGAAUAUUUCAAGCAAGGCAAAAUUGAGGAGUUUCGGCAAAUACUGGAAGAAGGUUCUAGUCCAGAAAUUGAUGAGUACUAUGCUGAUGUGAGGUAUGACAGAAUUGCCAUUUUAAACGCCCUUGGUGCAUACUAUAGCAAUGUUGGUAAGAUUAAGACAAAGAAUUCAGAGAAGGAGGAACAAUUCGUUCGUGCAACAUAUUUUUAUAACAAGGCUUCCAGAAUUGAUAAUCUUGAGCCAUCGACUUGGGUUGGAAAGGGUCAGUUGCUUUUAGCAAAAGGAGACCAUGAACAAGCAUAUGGUGCAUUCAAGAUUGUUCUAGAUGGACAAGCUGAGAAUAUUCCGGCACUUCUUGGUCAAGCCUGUGUGCAAUUCAACCGUGGACGGUAUACUGAAUCAUUGGAGUUGUAUAAGAAGGCUUUGCGAGCUUAUCCUGGUUGCCCUGCAGCAGUAAGACUUGGUCUAGGCUUAUGCCGGUACAAGCUUGGUCAGCUCAAGAAAGCCAAACAAGCAUUUGAACGUGUUUUACAGCUGGAACCUGAAAAUGUCGAAGCUUGGGUUGCCCUUGGAAUAAUGGACUUGCAAGUUAAUGAAAAAGGUAGUGUUCAUGAAGGAAUGGAAAAGAUGCAGAGAGCCUUUGAACUAUACCCGUACUGUGCAAUGGCAUUGAAUCAUUUAGCAAACCAUUUUUUCUUCACAGGGCAGCAUUUUCUUGUGGAACAGUUGACUGAGAUAGCUCUUGUUUCGACAGACCACCCUCUCAUGAAAUCUCAUUCAUAUUAUAAUCUUGCACGGUCUUAUCAUAGCAAAGGUGACUAUGAAACUGCUGGCCGCUACUACAUGGCAUCAGUCAAGGAAAGCCAGAGGCCACAGGAUUUUGUGUUGCCUUACUUUGGGCUGGGACAGGUUCAAAUGAAGUUGGGAGAUCUUAAAAGUUCUCUCUCAAAUUUCGAACAGGUUCUUGAGGUUCAGCCGGAGAACUGUGAGAGCUUAAAAGCUGUAGGCCAUAUAUAUGCUCAGCAAGGGCAGCGAGAGAAGGCUUUGGAAAUUUUAAGAAAGGCAACUCGCAUAGAUCCACGUGAUGCCCAUGCAUUUAUUAAGAUGGGUGAGUUGUUGAUAUCAUCAGACCCCGGUGCAGCCAUAGAUUCUCUUAAGACAGCAAAGUCUCUUCUGAAGAAGAGCAGAGAAGAAGUACCCAUUGAAUUGUUAAACAACAUUGGGGUUCUUCAUUUUGAGCGUGAUGAACUAGAGUUGGCCCAACAAACUUUUAUGGAGGCAUUAGGAAAUGGCAUUUGGGUUGAAUUCAUCAAUAAAAGUCCCAGUGGCAAUUCUGCACUUUUUUCUGUGUCCUUUAGGGAUAUGGAAUUCUUCCAUCGACUAGAAGAAGGUGUUUCACUUGAGUUACCGUGGGAUAAAGUCACAACAUUAUUUAAUCUUGCUAGGCUGUUUGAACAGCUACAUGACACUGAAAAAGCAACUCUUUUGUACAGGCUAAUAUUGUUCAAGUUUCCUGAUUAUGUGGAUGCAUAUCUACGACUUGCAGCCAUGGCUCAGGCUCGUAAUGAGAUCCAACUAAGCCUAGAAUUGAUUGGGGAUGCACUUAAGGUGGAUAAUAACUCAAUAAAUGCUUUAUGUAUGCUUGGUAACAUGGAACUGAAAACAGAUGACUGGCUUAAAGCAAAAGAAACAAUUAAAACUGCACAAAGUGUAUCAGAUGGAAAGGAUUCUUAUGUUGACAUUUCACUUGGAAAUUGGAAUUAUUUUGCAGCUCUAAAAAAUGAGAAGAAGGAACCAAAGCUGGAGGCAACACAUCUUGAGAAGGCUAGAGAACUGUAUUGUAAAGUGUUGGCUCAGAGACCAGGAAAUGUUUAUGCUGCAAAUGGGGCAGCUGUUGUGCUAGCUGAAAGGGGUCAAUUUGAUAUUGCAAAGGAAAUUUUUACACAGGUGCAAGAAGCUGCAGCAGGAAACAUCUUUGUUCAGAUGCCUGAUGUGUGGGUAAAUCUAGCACAUGUUUACUUUGCACAAGGACAGUUUGCACUUGCAGUGAAAAUGUAUCAAAAUUGUUUGAGAAAAUUCUAUUUUGGCACUGACACCCAAAUUUUAUUAUAUUUAGCUCGAACACAUUAUGAAGCAGAACAGUGGCAAGAUUGUAAAAGAACAUUAUUAAGAGCAGUACAUUUGGCACCUUCAAAUUACAUGUUACGCUUUGAUGUUGGUGUUGCAAUGCAGAAGUUUUCAACUUCAACACUUCAAAAGCAAAAACGUACUGCCGAUGAGGUUCGUCAAGCAGUGUCAGAAUUAAAGAAUGCACUUCGUGUUUUCAGCCAACUGUCAGUAGUGGCAAGCCCUCAUACACAUGGCUUUGAUGAGAAGAAGAUAGAGUUGCAUGUUGACUACUGUAAACAUUUGCUCGAUGCCGCCAAAGUUCAUAGAGAAGCAGCUGAACGUGAAGAACAGCAAAGCCGUCAAAAGCUGGAAGUAGCACGCCAACUUGUCUUGGCUGAUGAAGCAAAACGAAAAGCUGAUGAAGAACGGAGGAUUCAGAUGGAAAGAAGAAAGCAAGAGGAAGAACUUCGGCGGGUGAUGCAACAAGAGGAGCAAUUUGAACGUGUGAAGGAAUUAUGGAAGAGUAAGCGUAAGGACAGGGAUGAUGAUGACGACGAGGCUGGUCAGGCUGAAAAGAAAAGAAAGAAGGAAAAGAAGAAAAAGAAGAAGGAUAAGGACCACAAAGCUUAUGAUUCUUAUAUGGAGGAACCUGAUGUUGCCAUGGAAGAUGAGGCAAAUUAUAUGAGUGAUAAGGCAGAAGCUGAUGCAGAAAAUGCCCAAGAUCUUCUUGCAGCUGCAGGUCUAGAAGACUCUGAUGAUGGCGAGACAAAUUCUCCAGUUUCAACAAAAUCACGAAGGAGACGUGCAUACACUGAUUCUGAAGAUGAUGAACCAUUACAGAAACAGAGUCCGAGAGAAGAUGAUGCAUAUGAUGAUGAUGUCUAGGCUUCCUGAGUUUUAACCAACCUAACCAUUGUAGAAACAGAAUCCAAGAGAAGGUGAUGCAUACAAUGACGAUGGAUAAGCUACCUCAAAGUUUAGUCAAUCAAAUAUCCUUUGCCCCUUCCAAAUCCAUUUGACAUAGUUAAAUGAGAUCUAAUCAGAAAACUCAAAUUAAUCAUCUGUAUGGUAUCUUUUCA